ACCGUUCCCUCAUUUAGCAUUUAGCAUACUCAUUCAAUCCCGUCAUCACCACCUUUGCGCUUUUUAGAUUGUUUCCCAGCGCUCCGAAACAUCCCGAUUGACUAGGCACUUCUCCAAGCUUGGUCGCAGUAUUCUCGCCCUGUUGCUCAUUGAUCGAACGGAGACGAAAAUGAUCACUGAACCUCCACGAAUCGCCCACGACCACCUCCAUUCAUGAAUUUGUCACGGAUUCGUACCCCGUUCUAAGCAAUGGAUCAACCGCGACAGAAUGGUGGUCCCGGUAUGGGCCGUGAAUAUAGUAGAGCCGAGCGGUUCGAGGAGGAAAAGAGGCGCAUCGUAGAAAGCUGCUUCAACAAAAAAGAUGUCGACGGAUCCAUACUUGAAACCUAUAUCACCCAUAUUAGAAUCACAGAGUACUCCUCUCACCCGACCUCCCCGCCGCCUCCUGAAGCGCGAUCCCAAUCUGAAAAACCGCGAGUCAUCAUUGUAGCCGUGCGAAAAUCGGGUCGAGUGCGCAUGCAUAAGUCCAAGGAAAAUGCAAACGGUUCAUUCUCCAUUGGCAAGACUUGGGAUCUGAAUGACCUAAGUGUUAUCGAGUCAUUUACCUCUCCUAACGCUGACCCUCAGAAACGAGAAUGGGCUGGCGAUACCGGAUUUAUCGUGAACAUUGGAAAGCCUUACUACUGGCAAGCUCAGGCUGACAAGGAAAAGAAGUUUUUCAUCGCUAGUCUUGUUAAGAUAUAUGGAAAGUACACUGGCGGAAGUGUACCUGAAUUAAAGGGUUUCGAUCCACGCGAACUUGACCAAGUGCUUGGUUCACGAAGGAUCCCACCAAAUCCGAAUCGAGGAUCUCCUGCCGACUCUACUCCAUCACUACGAACUGGGCCUACUCCUCCCCCUUCGAGAAGUGCUGCGACACCUCCACGAGUCGAAGCCAGACCGCCCAGACCCGAUCCUCUUCCAUCUCAACCAGAGCCUGUACCCAUUCAAAACAAAUCCCCUAACCCUUUAGCUGCCGCUGGCGGAAUCCAGCCUUUUCGCCAAAACCAAUCUCCUGGCUCUCCAGGGCGUAACCUCGCACCUCCGAAUGGAUCUUCAUCGCCAGCAUCGGCAUCCGGCGCAGAUUCUGCUCGCGCAGGAAAUCAGGCUGCUGCUCUGCGUAGGCUGGCUGGGAAUAAUAAGAGUCAGGACUCCAUAGCAGCUUCUAUAUCCACCACCAGAAGCGAUGAUUCAGCUAGCCUUCCUCCCCGAUCCAGAGGGGGGAUGCCGGGACCUGGCGCAUUCGGUAGAUUCGCCGAUCGCUCCGAAUCACCCUCGCAAGUAGAUUUACCUGACAGGAAAAGACCUCCAAUGGAUCCAACUCGGCCAAAGGAAACUACAGAUAAUGGUCUCGUGCCAGCACCAUUGAUGAGCCAGGGAGGUCGAAAAGAACCGCCACCACGGAGUACCGAACGAAUGUCGCCUCGAAAGAAUUCUAUCGGAAAGCGAUUCGAGAAUGGCUCCCCCGCCGAGAUACCAUCUCCAGCCGCAGUGGCGGAGCCGGUACCUGUAGUUCCAACGGUCUCCGAUGCACCUCCCUCUCCGACACCUAGUCCUAACGGCGCUGCAGAAGCGGCAGCUGCUGAGGGCCCAGCAUCUGCACCGACGGCGGAAGAGAAGCCAGCAGAUAUGGAGACGCGUCCAGGAUUAGGGCCUAUGAUCAAGGCAAAGUCUCAACGUGAUCUAGCCGGAGCCCUAUGGAAGGCCGCGUCAGCUGCAACAGCUUUCAAACCUCGCCCAGGCGGCGCGGGCGAACGAUUGCGAGAGGCAGCUCUCAAGACAACUGAAGGCCCAGAUGGAAUAACAAGCGUUGUUCCAGCGCCGCGACGUCCAGAACCGAAGCCUGAGCCGCCAAAACCCGCUGAGCCCGAGAGGAACUCCGUAGAAAAGGCGCCCAUUGUUCCUGAAGUGAAGGUAACAGUACCUAAUUCUAGCAGGCCUACUAGCCUGCAAGCUUCCAUCAAAGAGAGCCAAAGGAAGAGUCUGGAGGCGGCUCGACAAGAAGAUACGCCACGACCCUUGACUGUUACUGGCAAUGAUACGAAGUACUUGUCUACACUGGGUAUCGAUAUAUCUCUACUGACCGAUACGUCCCCGGAGUUCGCAAGAUGGCUGGAUCAUUUCGGCUGGGUACCUGGCGAGCAAAUGCGAUGUCGUAAUUUUGAAGAGAUGAAACUUGACAUUGACCGUGAACUUAAUAAAGCACAGGCUGGAGGCUGGGUUGUACGUUUUCAAGAGGAGGAUGAUCGAGUUGAAGCAAUCAAAAGGGGCCUUGACGUUGCCCUCGCAGAAUGCGACGAACUUGACAAUCUUCUCACUUUGUACAGCGUGGAAUUAUCUACCUUAUCUGAUGAUAUCGCAUACAUAGAAGCGCAAGGGCAGGGUCUGCAAGUGCAGGCAGCAAAUCAGAAGCUUCUUAGGAAAGAGGUAGAAUCGCUGCUUGAUACCUGUGCUAUUAGUUCCGAUGACUUACGAGCUCUUACGGUGGCACCACUCGAGACUACUUCAGGUCUUGAAGAGAUCGAAGCAGCACUCGUUACCUUGUAUAAGGCGAUGAUGAAAAUUGAUUCUUCCGCCGCUGGGUCAGAACUCCGCAAAAGCGAGGAUGGAGGUUCAGCUGGUCCACAAUCUAGCCUGAACACCGACUACGGCAAAAUGCGAAUCGUCCAAGAAAAAAGAGAGAUGUAUAGCACAGAAAGCGCAGCAUUCUUACAACGCUUUAGUGCAUUCAUGUCUCGACAAUUUGAUAAAGCAUCCCAAGAGAUUAGGGCUACUGUAGAUGGAGCGUUGUCGAAAAAGGUCGACCCUGCUCAUCACGAUGUGGGCCGCGACUUGCUCUGGCGCUACAGCCCCCUUAUCCUCUAUGCCAGAGAGGUAGACCUCGAAGGUUGGAAUCGAUGCCUACAAGUGUAUCAAGAAAAGAACCUUCCACUCUACAAGUUUAGGUUUAAAGAUAUCCUAGAUUCAUGGAGACGGAAUGCUAGGAAACCCACGGGUGACGAACUAGAACUUCUCUUCACCGCCGAAAUAGAGAGACAACAGGAGGGCACGAUGGCCACCGCCAGGAAGCUCACUGUCAAGCGAAGUCAGACUCUGGCUAGAACUCUACGCAGUCCCCUUGGCGAGGGCAGUAAGACAAGCCUCGACAAGAUCUCCGACGGUCGCAAUCUUCCAUACGAAGUGUUUGCCGGCAUGAUGGAUGAUAUAGUUCCUCUGGUCGAAAUUGAGCAAAAUUUCAUCGUUGACUUCUUCCACGCGACUACCUUGGAGACAGCCGACUUCCCCGAUCUUGUAACAGCUACAAAGCCACGAGAUCGACGAGGUGGUGAUUUGAAACGGCAUAGACUCAUGGAGCCGGAUCGGGAAUUAGCUAGAAGGGUUACUCGAGCUAUGGAGGCGAUAUUUUCAUUCUUGGAGCAAGACCUGCAGAUCACAGUUGAUUGGGUUUUGUCGCAAGAUCCGCUGCAAGGGGUUGGUAUUCUCGCAACACUCGAACGCAAACACCUGGAGAUUAUACAGUCCAACCAGGAUUUCUUGAACAACGUGUUACAAAAGCUUCACAGUAACCUCGAGACCCGUUUCUCGAAAUUUGUCGAAGGUCAAUUGCGCGCAAUUGAGGAAACGAAAGUCAAGAUCAAGAAACGCAAAGGUGUCAUCUCCUUUAUGCGGGUUUUCCCGCAUUUCUCCAACGCCGUAGAGAACAUGCUCUCGGCGGUCGACACGAACUCUUCUGUAAGGAGAACCGUAGACCGAGAGUACGACCGUAUCGUCAAGACUAUGUUCGAUUCUCUCAAGGUCAUCGCGCGCGAGAACCCCGUAACGCUCACAAAUAGCGGCGCCGAUCCUGAAGAUAAGGAGGCUCUAAACUACCACAUCUUGCUUAUCGAAAAUAUGAACCAUUUCCUUGAGGAGCUCGAUACCCACGGUUUGGAGAUUCUCGAGGACUGGAAGGAAACUGCGGCAAGCGAGAUGGCCGAACAUAUGGGUUUAUACCUUAACGCAGUAAUGCGCCGGCCAUUAGGUAAAUUGCUCGAAUAUCUCGAGAAUAUCGAGGCGCAGCUUGCAACAGGGAAGAGCCCCGCGAUCGUUGCCGCACAACCCAGCAAUGCGAAGGGUACGUUCAAUAAGGUACUGAGUGCUUACGACGGUCGCGAGGUGCGCAAGGGCGUCGAAGCAUUAAAGAAGCGAGUUGAGAAGCACUUUGGCGACGCGGACGACCCAACUCUGAGCCGUAGUCUGGUCAAUCGGGUCCUGCGCGAAUGCGAAAAGUUUUACGGAGAAUUAGAAGUUCGGAUUUCCACCGUCACGGCGACUGUAUACAGCGGCGACGUACUGUUUGAGUGGCCUCGCGCCGACGUGAAGAGCGCCUUCGCCAACACCGGUCGGUAGGUCGGAUCGAGUGAUUGGAAGCACGCGUCUCUCACCGGGCGAAAGUCGACAAGCAGCGGACGGACCCGCAUCAUAGCAUCAAUGGAAUGGGCGGCAUGAUGGGCGUUUUUCGGGUUCUCGG